AUGAAAACGUUAACUUUAUAUUUAAAAAUUACUACAUUCCUUCUUUUAAUAUGGAUGUAUCAAUGUUUUUAUAACUGUGAUUCCUAUAAAACAUUGAUUGAUAAAUAUAUAUUGCAAACAAAAAAUAAGUUAAAAUAUGAAAGAAUAUUAACAGAGGGUAACACAGAAGGAAAAGAGCAAACAAACGCUCAAGGAGGUCUAAAAGAAUGUCCAUUAGAUAGUGAAAAAAAAGAAAGUAUGGAUCCGGAUAAAUACAAGAAUCCGUGCGAUCCACGUAAUAGAGUCAAUACUCCAUCAUUGUUCGAGAGAUUUAAUAAAAAAGCAAAAGAAAUAGACCCUAAAUUGAGAAACCAAGAAUUGAAUAUUGAAUUGAGUAAAAUUUCACAUGACAAUGUUAAUCCAUUUUCAAAAAUUUAUGAACGAAAUAUUCCAGAUGAAGGAAGACAAAUAUUAAUUCUUAGUAAUACGCAAGAUCACUCAGAAUUAAAGAAAUUAUUAGACGUAUUUAAGAGUGAGAUAAGAGACAAUGAAGCAGAAUCCGAAUUUAAGAAAGAAGUGAGAGACAAUAGAACAGAAUCCGAAUCUGAGAAAGAGAUGAGAGACAAUAAAACAGAAUCCGAAACUGAGAAAGAGAUGAAAUACAAUAAAACAGAAUCCGAAUCUAAGAAUGAUAUGAGAGACAAUAUAACAGAAUUCAAAUGGAGUAAUGAGAUGACAGACUAUGAAACGGAAUGCGAAUCUGAAUCUGAGAAUGAAAUGAGAGAAAAUAAAAAAAAAAAAAAGAAAUCAAAUAUUUUGAAAUUUCUUUUUUGUUGUUGUUAUAACCAUUAA